CAGACGUAUAUAUCCAUCUGUAUGUAUGGCAGGCAGUCUACAUUUGUCCAUCUGUCUGUCUGUCCGUCUGUGUGUCCGUCAAUUUGUCUGUCAAUCUGUCUGUCUGUCUAACUGUCUGUUUGUCUGGCUAUCUGUCUGUCAGGCUGUGUGUCCGUCGCUCUGUCUGUCUGUCUAUCUGUCUGUUUGUCUGGCUAUCUGUCUGUCAGGCUGUCUAUCUGUCAAUCUGUCUGUCUGUCUAUCUGUCUGUUUGUCUGGCUAUCUGUCUGUCAGGCUGUCUAUCUGUCAAUCUGUCUGUAUGUCUACCUGUCUGUUUGUCUGGCUAUCUGUCUGUCAGGCUGUCUAUCUGCCAAUCUGUCUGUCUGUUUGCUGGCUAUCUGUCUGUUUGUCUGGCUAUCUGUCUGUCAGGCUGUCUCUGUCUGUCUGUCUAUCUGUCUGUUUGUCUGGCUAUCUGUCUGUCAGGCUGUCUAUCUGUCAAUCUGUCUGUUUGUCUGGCUAUCUGUCUGUCAGGCUCUCUAUCUGUCAAUCUGUCUGUCUGUUUGCCUGGCUAUCUGUCUGUUUGUCUGGCUAUCUGUCUGUCAGGCUAUCUGUCUGUCAGGCUAUCUGUCUGUCAGGCUGUCUCUGUCUGUCUGUCUAUCUGUCUGUUUGUCUGGCUAUCUGUCUGUCAGGCUGUCUAUCUGCCAAUCUGUCUGUCUGUUUGCCUGGCUAUCUGUCUGUUUGUCUGGCUAUCUGUCUGUCAGGCUGUCUCUGUCUGUCUGUCUAUCUGUCUGUUUGUCUGGCUAUCUGUCUGUCAGGCUGUCUAUCUGUCAAUCUGUCUGUUUGUCUGGCUAUCUGUCUGUCAGGCUCUCUAUCUGUCAAUCUGUCUGUCUGUUUGCCUGGUUAUCUGUCUGUUUGUCUGGCUAUCUGUCUGUCAGGCUGUCUCUGUCUGUCUGUCUAUCUGUCUGUUUGUCUGGCUAUCUGUCUGUUUGUCUGGCUAUCUGUCUGUCAGGCUGUCUAUCUGUCAAUCUGUCUGUCUGUUUGCCUGGCUAUCUGUCUGUUUGUCUGGCUAUCUGUCUGUCAGUCAGUCAGUCUGUUUGUCUGUCUGUCUGUCCAUCCGACUGUCUGGACCUGUGUGGACGCAUAACUCCAUAGUGUCUGCAUGGAGUGAUUGCCUAAGCGAUUUACUCAUUCCCCAUCAAAUAGAACCGAGACAGCGAUUUGUAGACAACGAAAACCGGCCUGACAUCACGCUUUACGACACUGACACUGGGAUCACAAAAGAAUGUGAUGUUUCGAUAGCUCACCCUUGGAGCAAAGACAUUAUUAAAGGUGCAGCCAGAGAAGGUGGCCAUGCAGCAGCUAAACGAGAGGCAGCAAAGUCAAAAAAAUACUCAGAGGAAUCGCUUGCGGAUGGAUCGAAGCCUAUAGUUGUCCCACUCGUCUUUGAACACUUUGUCUGUCUAUCUGUCUGUUUGUCUGGCCAUCUGUCUGUCAGGUUGUCUAUCUGUCAAUCUGUCUGUCUGACUAUCUGUCUGUUUGUCUGGCUAUCUGUCUGUCAGUCAGUCAGUCUAUUUGUCUGUCUGUCUGUCUGUCCAUCCGUCUGUCUGUCUGUCUGCCCGUCAAUCUGUCUGUCUAUCCGUCAGUCUGUUUGUCUGGCUAUCUGUCCAACUGUCUGUCUGUCUGUCUGCCCGUCAAUCUGUCUGUCUAUCCGUCAGUCUGUCUGUCUGUCUGUCCAUCUGUCUGUCUGUCUGUCUG